AUGUCUCUAAGUAGAGGAGAUCCUCUUGUGGUGGGAAGAGUUAUUGGAGAUGUUCUUGAUCCUUUCACGAGAUUGGUCUCUCUUAGGGUUACUUAUGGCCAAAGAGAGGUUACUAAUGGUUUGGAUCUAAGGCCUUCUCAAGUUCUGAACAAACCAACGGUCGAGAUAGGAGGAGAAGACCUCAGAAAUUUCUACACCUUGGUUAUGGUGGAUCCAGAUUUUCCGAGUCUAAGCAACCCUCACCUCCGAGAAUAUCUCCAUUGGUUGGUGACUGAUAUACCUGCCACAACUGGAACUACAUUUGGCAAUGAGAUGUUGUGCUACGAGAAUCCACGUCCCACCUCAGGGAUUCACCGUCUCGUGCUAAUAUUGUACCGACAACUCGGAAGACAAACGGUUUAUGCACCGGAGUGGCGCCAACAAUUCAACACUCGUGAGUUCGCUGAGAUCUACAAUCUUGGUCACCCGGUGGCUGUCUCAUUCUUCAACUGUCAGAGAGAGAAUGGCUGUGGAGGAAGAAGAACGUAG